AUGAAUCGUCUUCCUGUAUCCAGCCUGAUGUCUCCCCCGGAGACCAAGCCAUUGGAGAACUUCCAACACUCUCCAUUCAUCAGAGACGCCUCGUCCUUGGACAUCAAAUUACCCCCCAUCUCAGCUGAUCGCAAGCGUACACAGUCGGAGAUGGAUUUACCGUCGCCCCCGGUGACCCCAUAUACGGGCACCAAGAAACGACACUCCCACACAGCAGAGCAGAUGGAGCGUGAGGUGGGUUCCUCCCGAGAUCCAGUGCUGUUCCCUCGACAUGAAUCGAUCGCGGGGGAGGAACAACCGCUUUUCGGUCCCAUCCACUCGACCCCGGAGGCGGUUGUGGAGCAGCAUAUCACUUCCCACAUGGCCCGCUUUGAUAGCAAGCGCAAUAAACCCACACGCGAUGAAUAUCUGCUCGCGCUGUCGUGCGUGCCCAUCGUUUCUACCCAGUACAACCGUAAUCCGGUGGCCUGGGCCCGGGAGGAGCGCGAGACGCUGGAACGGCAGCUGGCCUUGAUGAAUCGUUACCGACCGACCGAUCUGGCGGCCAAGUUGAAGAAGAUUGCCCCGGCCCCCAAGAAAGCAGCCAUGACUCCCCGGGUUCAGCGCACCCGAGUCAAGCGCACCCCUAAAUCUACCCCCAAGCAACAGACCAUGGAUACCUUUGAUUCCCCCCUAGCCCUGCAGGACUUCUCGCCUCCGUUAGAUACGCUAGGCAGCAACGCCAAAGCAUUGAAGGCCGACUGGAAAGGGCAAAUGUUGGACUUGAGCAAUGACCCGGACAGACAUAUGCUCAGUCCGGCCGAGCUUAAUCUAGCUUCCACCCUGCGAUUGUCCUGUGCUACUUAUCUGUGCAGCAAGCGCCGGAUUUUUGAGGCUCGUGUGCGUGCCCUGGGCGUGGGCAAGGAAUUUCGCAAGACGGAUGCCCAGCAGGCCUGCAAAAUUGAUGUCAACAAAGCCAGCAAGCUCUGGACUGCCUAUGACCGUGUCGGGUGGUUCAAGCCGGAGUACUUCCACCAGUAUCUGAGAUGA